AUGUCUGAAACGCAAACGGAUGAAUCAUCAUUCAAUUCAACUACAAAUUGCAAUAAACCUAUUGCUAUAACAGAGGGAACCACUCGAGUUAUAUCAUCAAAUUUCAAUGAACAAGUUAUUCACGUCGAUGGGCUCACCCAGACUAACACUGCCGUUGAAUUUAAUGUAUCAGAUACGCAAAUUUCAAUUGUCGUCCAUGCAAAGAUUGCUACACAGAACUCUCUAUUAUCAUGCGAACAAUGUACACAAACCAACGAAUUAUCUACAGUUAAUGAGUCUGUUACCCAAACAGAUGAAUCGACAUUAAAUGUCGUAUACACAGAGACCGGUACACAGAGUUCUGUGUUAUUAAGCGAACAAUGUACACAGAUCAACUCCAUUGCCGAGGGAAUUGAGUGCGUCACCCAAACAGAUGAAUCGUCAUUAAAUGUCGUAUACACAGAGACCGGUAUACAGAGUUCUGUGUUAUUAAGCGAACAAUGUACACAGAUCAACUAUAUUGCCGAGGGAAUCGAGUGCAUCACCCAAACAGAUGAAUCGACAUUAAAUGUCGUAUACACAGAGACCGGUAUACAGAGUUCUGUGUUAUCAAGCGAACAAUGUACACAGAUCAACUAUAUUGCCGAGGGAAUCGAGUGCAUCACCCAAACAGAUGAAUCGACAUUAAAUGUCGUAUACACAGAGACCGGUACACAGAGUUCUGUGUUAUCAAGCGAACAAUGUACACAGAUCAACUCCAUUGCCGAGGGAAUCGAGUGCGUCACCCAAACAGAUGUAUCUUCAUUAAAUGUCGUAUACACAGAGACCGGUAUACAGAGUUCUGUGUUAUCAAGCGAACAAUGUACACAGCUCAACUCCAUUGCAGAAAUAAUUGAGUCUGUUACGCAAAUGAAUGAAUUACCUUUGGAUUUAACUGUAAAUUACAAGUCUACAGGGACUCAGUGUUCUUUAUUGUCAUCUGUUAAAAGUUCUCUUUUGGAAACUGUAGAUGUCCUUGAAAAAAGCGAAGUGCAAACUUGUUACAAUAAUCAGGUUUAUAGACCAAAAAUUUAUAGUCUGCGGUGGGAUUUACCUGAACGAAAGCUAAUAAUUAAUCUAGUCUAUACUUUCAAAGUGCUUCGUUUUUCAAAAGAUUAUUUUUAUAUGGCAAAUGUUAAUGAUGAGCAUGAAAUGAGUAUUUUAAAAAAUAAAAUGAAUCUGUUUUACACUCUAAAUGAUACAGAUAUACAGUUCUAUAAACCACAAUAUGAUGAGCUUUGUGCCAUUACAUACGGUAACGGUAAAUGGUUUAGGGGUAUUUGUGACCUGGUCGAAAAUGAAGUCGAUGUGGAUGAUGUUUAUAAUGUUUAUUUACUUGAUUUAGGGAAACAUGUAAAAGUAAAAUCUGGUAACAUCCGUAAAUUACAGCCGGCCUUUAUGAAAUAUGCACCCCUGGCAAUUAAAUGUUUUUUAUUGAGUGCGAUGACCUAUUAUAAUUUAACUUAAAAAAAAAUUUAAAAUUUUGUAAUUUUUUAGGUUUCAAGUUCAAUGUUGAGAGACA